AGAACACUUUUGGGGAGAAAAUGUUUAGUUAUGAAAACAAAAAGUAGUGUAACAGACGCCACCUUGGAAACCUCAAGAGAGCGGAUUGGAGGGAGAGCGAUCAGAUAAACAGUGCAAAUGGACUGAGGCUGUCCCUGCCUCACUAACUCACUUUCUCACUCACACAGAUGCAUGAGCACCCCGUGAGCACCGCCGCUGGACAGCUAUAUAAGACUUCCUCAAGAGGGUCCAACACCCACUGCGCCUCUUGAAGCACUCUCUGUGGGACUUUGGACUUUUUUCUUCAGACACUGCAGUCGCGUCUAGUCUAGACUUGAUUUUUCACGUCGUGUCACGUCUAGAUGGUUUGCAAAACCUUUCAAUAAGAAACAGGUGAGCGGCAAGACUCCACAAAAGCUUUUUUAAACUUUUUCAAGCCUCCAGUUUCUUCAGAACACACAGCAAGAAGGAUGAAGUGCACACCAAACCAGCUGUUUCCCCUCCGGAAAGAGCUGACUUUCAGAAUGUAAACUUGUUAAUUGCAGAUAGCAGACUUUACAAGAUACUUUCACCUUGUCACCUUGGGACAAUUUCGCUUUCAAGGCUUGUUCCUGUUCCCAUUAACACAUCUGAACUCAACUCAAGACAGAUGGAGACUACUGAGACUCUUCAAACACUUUGGAGCAACCAUUCAACUCCGGACCACGUUCACAGUUUGGAGUUUCUGCACACCGCUAAUGGCUUCAGCAUCACCAUGGCGGUCCUCCACCUUGUUGUGUGCAUCAUGGGACUGGUGGGGAAUUCCUUGGUCAUUGUCGCCAUUCUCAAGCUGGAUAAAAUGUCCUCCGCCACGACUGUGUACAUCUUCAACCUGGCUCUGGCUGACGGUCUUUUUAUGGUGGGACUUCCGUUCGUGGCCUUCCAGAACUUUCAGAACGAGUGGAUCUUUGGCGACCUGGCCUGCAAGCUCGUCAUGGUCCUAGACGGCAUCAAUCAGUUCACCAGCGUUUUCUGUCUCACGGUGAUGAGCGUGGACCGCUACAUGGCGCUGGUGGAUCCCCUUCGCUUUGCCCGCUGGAGGACGCCGAAACGGGCGAAGAUCAUCUCUGCUUUUCUGUGGCUCUUCUCGCUUCUCCCAGUCCUGCCCAUGGCGUUCCACUUCUCGGUGAAGUAUGACCUGUGCAUGGCUGACACGUUCAUGAUGAACUGGUGGAUGACCUUCCUCUCCAUCACCUUCGUGGUUGGCUUUGCCCUGCCCUUUCUGGUGAUGAUCAUCUUCUACACAGCUCUGGUGAUGACCCUGCGGUGCGCCAGACAGCGAGACGGGGGCUCCUCCACGCCGGAGAGCCAGAGGUUAGAGAAGCAGGUGACGAAGAUGGUGGUCGCUGUGGUGGUGGUGUUUGGCGUGUGCUGGCUGCCGUUCUACGUCUUCAACUUUUACUCACUUCACAACAAAAAUGUGCAGCUCGUCUUCGCACGAGGUUUUGAGGUUGCGGUGCUCUUGUCCUAUUCGUGGAGCUGCGCCAACCCCAUCCUGUACGCCUGCCUGUCGGAGACUUUCAGCAGACACUUCCGCAGUCUGCUGUGUCCCCACAAGAAUGUCACCAGCACGCACUGCAACAGGGACACAGAGGGAUAUGACUUGCGUGACACUAAUGGACAGGACAUAACCGUGCUAGCUUAGCACUUUCACAAAUAAUGGGACUAAGAAUGGACAUUGUUGUGACAAAAAACUCUUAUCUCCGCAAUGAGAGAAGGAAUAUCUUUUCACUUUGAAUGGACGUUGAGACUUUCACUAUAGACUACUCAUCUGUGCCUCAUAAAACCUUCACACACCGUAAAUACAUGCUGACUUCAUACGACUGAAAUGUAGAUAAUCUGAUCUCUCCUGAAGGAUAUGCUGUAUUCCUGUGAUUGAUAUUGUUAACAUGUUCUACUGUUUAAAAGUUUGGAACUACAUGCUAUUAUAGUGUAUAUUAAUAAUAACUUAUGUAAUGUACAAUACUAUACAGAAACCAACAUUUUAUUUGUCUUAUUCAUGUAUAUAUGUUGAAUUUUGCAGAAAAAAAGUAAAUGUUACUAUUAA